GUGUCUUCAUUCAAUCCUCAUCACUGUACAGUCAGUCUUAUCCCCAUUUUACAGAUACAGAAACUGAGGCUUAGAGGCCACACACUUAGAGGUGGGGCCAGAUCGCUCGGACCCCAGCAUCCACACUCUUCCUUCCUACCAUCCUGUGCAGGCAGCAAGAGAAGGGGCCAUGCCUCCCACGAGUGCCAGAGCCUCCGAGACUUUUAACGGGCUGUCCUGACACCAGCCCAGACUGCCUCACCUCGUAGCCAUGAGAGCUGCCUACCUCUUCCUGCUGUUCCUGCCUGCAGGCCUGCUGGCUCAGGGCCAAUUUGACCUAGACCAACUGCCCCCGUUCCCAGACCACGUCCAGUACACCCACUACAGUGACCAGAUAGACAACCCGGACUACUAUGAUUAUCAAGAGGUGACUCCUCGGCCCCCCGCGGAGCAGUUCCAGUUCCAGUCCCAGCAGCAAGUCCAACAGGAAGUCAUCGCGGCCCCCACCGUAGCUCCAGGAAAUGUGGAGACAGAGCCCACGGAGCCUGGGCCUCUGGACUGCCGUGAGGAACAAUACCCGUGCACCCGCCUCUACUCCAUCCACAAGCCUUGCAAACAGUGUCUCAAUGAGGUCUGCUUCUACAGCCUCCGCCGCGUAUACGUGGUCAACAAGGAGAUCUGUGUCCGCACGGUCUGUGCCCAUGAGGAGCUCCUUCGAGCUGACCUGUGUCGGGACAAGUUCUCCAAAUGUGGCGUCAUGGCCAGCAGUGGCCUGUGUCCAUCCGUGGCGGCCUCCUGUGCCAGGAGCUGCGGGGGCUGCUAGGGCGGAGCUGGUACCCCCCCCCCCCCCCGCCCUGGACCUUCCUCGGAUCCGGGGCCCUCAGGCCCUGCCUGACCUGGUGCUUUUCUCCCCAGCCUGACAACCCUUUUAUUCUGUAAAAAGUUAGUGGACUGUGGCCCUGGGGGUUCGUUUCAGGCCCCUCUCCCAGCCUGCAGACACCCCUGGGGCACAAGGGGGGCUCCCCACUCCCCACUCUUUGCCCCCUGAUGAGGGGCAUCCCAGGCCUCUGGGUGGGACCUGGGCCUCUGAUGUGCCUUCUCAGUCCCUCUGAGGACAGUCCCCUGGCCCCUCAAGGUGGGCUAUGCCCCUCACCCCAGCUGGUCUGCUUGGAUUUCCUACAGCUCCCGGGCAUAG